AGGACAACUCUGCGGAGAUUUUUUUCCAAACAUGUGGAGUGACGAACCACCAGCAUCUUUUGCUCCUCCUGAAUAUUAUCCAGCAUAUCCACCACCAGGUGCUACUGAUUAUGAUGCACACACAGGUGAUCCACGCCAAGAUUUGGAAUAUGAAAGACAAUAUGCCCAACAGACGUCCUCAUAUAUAGUACCAGAUGUCAUCAAGAAUUUCCUUAUGGUAUUCCAGAAGGCUAUAAAUGACCAGAAUCUGUAUGAAAUUCAAAAUGCAUAUGAAAAUGGAUUCAACAAGCUGACAGACAGAUUUUUCAAGACAAGUCCUUGGCCAGAAUCAGAAAUAAUUGCUCCCAUCGUGCAGAAUGACCACACAUUUCUGGUAUUGUACAAAGAACUAUAUUACAGACAUAUAUAUGCCAGGGUACAGACUGGACCUACACUGGAACAGAUGUUUGAAUCCUACUACAACUACUGUAAUCUAUUCAACUUUAUCCUUAAUGCAGAGGGACCUGUACAUUUAGAGCUACCAAACCAGUGGUUAUGGGAUAUCAUUGAUGAAUUCAUUUAUCAGUUUCAGUGCUUCAGUAUACACAGAAGUAAAAUUGGAAAGAAGUCAGAAGAUGAAAUCAAUGUACUAAGAGGACACCCAAAGAUCUGGAAUGUACAUAGUGUAUUGAAUGUGUUACAUUCUCUAGUAGAGAAAUCAAGUAUCAACAGACAGCUAGAAGUCUAUACUAGUGGAGGUGAUCCAGAAAGUGUUGCUGGAGAGUUUGGACAGCAUUCUCUGUAUAAAAUGUUGGGAUAUUUCAGUUUGAUUGGCUUACUUAGAUUACACUCCUUGUUAGGAGACUACUACCAAGCACUUAAAGUACUUGAAAGUAUUGACUUCAACAAAAAGAACAUGUAUUCACGAGUACCAGCCUGUCAGAUAACUACUUUCUAUUAUGUUGGAUUUUGUUAUAUGAUGAUGAGGAGAUACCAAGAUGCUAUCAGAACUUUAUCUAAUGUAUUACUGUACAUUCAGAGAACCAAACAAAUGUUCCAGUCUAGAGCCCAGCUAUAUGAUCAGAUAACAAAAAUGAAUGACAAGAUGUACACUUUGUUGGCAAUAUGUCUGGUGUUACAUCCAAUGAGAAUAGAUGAAAGUGUUCACUCACAACUCAGAGAAAAGUUUGCUGAUAAAAUGUUGAGAAUGCAAAAAGGAGACAUUGAAGAGUUUACAUCAAACUUUUCCUUUGCUUGUCCUAAGUUUUUGUCACCAGUACCACCGAACUAUGACACACCUUCAGUAGUAAACCAUAAGGAACCAUUUAUGCUUCAACAUAAAGUAUUUAUUGAUGAGGUCCAACAACAGAUUCUUUUGCCAACCAUUAGAAGCUAUUUGAAGUUAUAUACAACACUUCCAUUGUCAAAGCUUGCAGGAUUUAUGGAAAUGCCUGUUGAAGAAUUAAAAACUCAUUUGAUGUGUUUCAAACAUAAGAUGAAGAAUGUGGUAUGGACAAAAGGAACAAGUGGUUUGGAAGGAGAAUUUCAGUCAGCAUCUGAAGUAGACUUCUAUAUUGACAAGGAUAUGAUACAUAUAGCUGAUACUAAGGUAGCCAGACGUUAUGGAGAUUUCUUUAUCAGACAGAUACACAAGUUUGAAGAGAUAACAAGAAGUUUAAAGCAAGUCAACUGAUAGACAGAUAUGGAUUAUUGAUAUGAACAUCUCUUAAGACUCAUAUAUAGUGUAAUAAUGCUAUUAAAAUCAUGUCUGUCAAAUUG